AUGGAAGAGGCUGAGUCAGAGCAAGAGGAGGAUGAGCUCCCCAUGUACCAAGAGCACUACAAUGCUCUCUUCUCCAUGGACUUUGUGAGACCAAGUACCCACAUGAUGACACAUGAGAGGUCUUGGAUCUUUGAGGAUGUGGAGUUGGUCUCAAGAACAUGCACUUGGCCAAGUUCUUCUCUCACCGCAUGGAGUCUACAAGGAGCUCACUUAACGAAGCUUCGGAAGUUUGGCCGCGCGCGGAGGAGUUCCCGACGUCCAAAAGUUACGAUCUUGAUAUGGAAAGAUAGAUACUUGAGUCAUGCAUCACGUCGAAGUGGAAUGAAGCCAUUUGGAUCAACUAUGAGGCCUAGACUUAUUUUCUACCGAGACAUGUCCGGUAAGCGAGUAAACGAAGCCCAUGGAGGAUUUGGAGUGUCUAAUGGCCCGAGCAGCAGCGCCAAAGGCCUUGAUCGAAUAGAGAAGAGGCCUGGCUAA